UCUCUCACUGCUUGGCCGCCAAGCUUGUUCGCCAGGGAUGGGGCGGCACGCGGAGCUCGAUUCCAACUCGGAACACUGUGACAACCGGCUGGCCAUCGACAAGAUCAACCAAGCGCACGAGCUGGCGAGGCAGCUGCGGGCUGUUCUUCUGUCGUCGUCGCUGCCGGCGGGAAGCUCGGCGGAGCUGGCGCGGGAGAUUCUCGACAAGCUAAUGAAGUGCUCCGCCUCAGCUCUCUCCAGGCUGCAGUCCUGCUGCUGUCGAACUUGCCAUGGCGUCGGCCAAAGAAGCAGAGAGUACUCUUCGGAGAAGAGAGGCAGAUGCACGCCUCUCGGACACAAGAGAAGGAAGACACACAACACAUGGUGCACAGUGACAUCUGUUCCAUAUGAUGAUGGACAUAGCUGGAGAAAGUACGGGCAGAAGGAUAUAAACAGUGCCAAAUACCCAAGGAGCUACUACAGGUGCAUUCACCGAAAAGAGCAGGGAUGCCCUGCGACCAAGACAGUGCAACAGGAGGACGGCGAUGCAUACCCACCACAGUUCAUCGUGGCGUACAGUAUGCAGCACACAUGCAGAUCCAUGGGUGCGAGCAUUGCGUUCGCGAUGGAGUCUGCUCCGAAGGAGGAAGCUUCCUUCGAGGGCUCACGAUCCAGCCGACAUCUUCUUCCUCCUCCUCCGUCCACCGCCACCGCUGCCAACCAGAGCCAAACCAGUAGCCCCUCCUCGGUUGGCGAUCGAGAUGACACAACCCGUUUGUCCAUCUCGGAACUAUCAUGGCAGGAGAUCAUGAACACAUCACCGCCUGCAGAUACUUGGAGCAUGGACAGUAAUUGGGAGACAGUGAUGGGCUGCUUUGAGUUCAGUGAGGCAUGAUCGAGCUUGUUGGGUAGCAGCAGCACAUGAACAAUGUCAGGAGUGCAGUGUGGGAGUGCUAUGUGACCAAGUCCUAUUUCUUGAUCCUUUGUUGGUUCGUCCCUUCUAAUCAGGGGAAAAACUAUGUAGAUUAUGAGGGAAUUAAAGAGCUUCUUUUUCUUCCUUUUGAUGAGCAAGAAAUUUACUCCA